AAUAAACAUGGCUAAUCAACAGAAAGUGAACCUGGGACGUUUGCUUUUCAAAAGAUUGCGUCGUGAGUUGCAAGAAACAGUGAAUUCAAAGGAAAAAUUAGCAGAUGUUCCUGCAUUUCGAUACAUAGUGAGCCAAUUUAGGGAACACCAAGUUACGAGUCAGAAGUUAUGUAAAGGGCAGAAUGAGGUGAUGAUGGUAGGACAAACCUAUCUUUGUAUGCUGGAGAGUUUGCGAAAAUCAGAGGAAUUAGCACAGAGGUACAAAACUACGGAGAGAUCUGUUGAAGAGAGUGCCAACCUUGUAGGACUUAGAACACCUACUUCUCAAUCUGUGGACAAUAAAUAAGCAGAACAGUAUUGGGGAGGGGAGGGGGGUUAAUUGACAAUUUGUGUUGAAGUUAAUCUAUUAACUUUUUUCGUAUACAUUGUGUAAAGAAAAUGUAUAAAUUGAUAUUACACUCUUCUUGCCAAGAUUGAUUGUCAGUUUAUAAAAUACAAGUUGUAAAUAGAUUACUGAUCAUUUAUUUAAUUGUACAAUAUUUAAUAUGCGUAUUUGUGAUUAAAUACAUGUAUACCAAACUUGAAUUAUUAUUAAAGUACAUUAUACUGAU